AUGGCCAACCGAUACGACCUCCGGUCCCAGCAGGACAUCGAUGGCAGCACGUAUGCGGCAUUGCCAGGGACGACUCCUGGAGAGUUUGUCCCUCGCAACAAUACCCCCAUGAAGAUGAAUCUCGCCCCAGGCAGGGACAUGCCAGGAUGCCAUCCUUCACGAUGGAUAUACGAGCUUGUCCAUAACGAUUUCACGACCUGCGAUCUCUUCGAGCGAGCACGACAUGCGAACCUAGAUGCUCCAUACGCCUGGCAACAUCCCCAUAGGCUGGUGAUAAACGGCAACCAGAGCUUCUCCACGCCCUCCACUCGUGUCCUCUCGUCAGUGUGCCUGGACUGCCACUUUCAUUUUGUCUUCAAGAUGGCCUGGGAUGAGUCGCGCUGCGAAGAUAUAUGCAAUCCGAAACAAGCCAAGUGGCCGAUGCGAGACGCCCAGUUUCCCUGGCAUCAUCUCGUCUGGGUUGGAUCGGAGUCGGACCCCAUCAUCGCCAAGGACACCUCAAAGUACUACCCUUUGCUCGCUCGAGAGAACUUCGUCUGCUCAGCUCCCCCAUGUACCUUUCAAGUCACCCUCGAAGUUUCAGAACCUCGCAUGCCGUCAUGGUGGAUUACGCUUCUCCGAGACCAAGACGCCAUUUUGGAAGCUUUACACAUUGCGAAAGAACAGGAGCCGUCACGUUAUGGUGCAGCGACAGAUGACUGGGCGUAUCAAGCUCCUCAGAAUCUGAACACCUAUUUGAAGAAUCUCCUCGAGGCGGUCACGCCAGAAGAUGUCAGGAGCAUCUCCAAGAGAAACAAGCGCUUCGCCGUCCUAUUCGGCCCGCGCUGCUUUCGCAUCUUCCGGGAGUUGGAGUUCUCAGAACAAGUGGAAGAAUCUGAUGGUAUCGACGAAGGCUCUUUCACUCCAUCAUCCCCAUCUCCUCCUGGCGGCCCUUCUGGAACCACUGAGAUCGGCACUUAUCGUGCGUACUUAGAGGACGUCAGGGCCGAAGUUCAGUGCCUCAUCCAUAAAGCAGGGCCAACGGCGGAGCUUUGUACGCCAGUUCUCCACGCAGACCUGCAGUGUCAGGAAGUGCUGAACAUCGAAGAAAAUGCACUGGUCAACAUUCAGCGGUACAAACUGCUUGGCGUGCUACCGAACCAACCAAAGGAGGUGAUUGUCAAUGCGUACAAGCGACAGUGGGAGUUAGUGCCGAGUAAACGAAGAGACCUGAUUGAGGCCCUGAUGGGUAUUGCGAACGAUCUCAAUGACGAACAACUUUCCGACUACGCCAUGACCCAGUCAUCCGUAUUUGAGAGUCAACUUCAGCAGCAAAGCACCAACGACGACGACGGACUCGUCUCGCAGGCUUUGACUUUUCUGGGCCUUCAACCCCCGAACAACUACGCAUCGGACGCAUUGAUUCAAGCCUUCAGACAAAAGCUAGCGAAGGACCCCGGCGAUGCCACGACUGCCAGGUCCAUGCUUCUUUUGAUCGCGCAGGCAUCCACGGACGAUACAUAUCAAGCCACGCUCUUGAUGGAGGCUGAUGGAAAAAUGUCGAUGGCUACCAGCAAGGUAAUACUUGGCCUCGUCGGCUCCAGCGGCUUCGGUCCUGAGGCGCUAGACGCAGCAAAAGCCAAGGUUGAGGCGAGCAGCAGCAAGGAGGAAAAGGCAACCUACCUCGAUGCAAUGGAGGCGAUUGCAGACCACACCAACUCGAUAGACCUUAAAUGGACCGUCAACGAGAUGCGCCAGCAAAACGGUAUUGCUGUGUCCGGCGGCAGUGGCAACCUACCAACCCAAGACCGCCCGGUCAAUUACGACUUGCCCGUCGGACUGGAGAACAUUGGCAACACGUGCUACCUCAACAGUCUUCUUCAGUAUCUCUUCACAGUCAAGCCAGUUCGAGACAUCGCCCUCAAUUAUGAAUCAUUCAAGCUCGAUUUGAACGAUGAGAGCAUCAAAGCACGACUGCUGGGCGGAAACAAGAUGCAGAUGGAUCGUGUUGCACAAGAGCUUUCGGAGCUCUUUGUCAAUCUAGAAACGUCUGAUAAAGUUGCCACCCGACCUUCCCAGCGACUAGCAAACGCUGUUCUCUUAUCCACCCACACACUUCUCAACGACUCGAAGCAGACAUCGGAGCCAUCUUCAGCACCCAAGCCCCCGCCUUUGCCGGCCCGCCCAUCGCCUGCGCCCCCAACCCAUACUCCUGAGGAUGUGGAAAUGGUCAAUGCCAUUGAAACCCCUGUUCCCGACUCUAUCGAGACCGCUAGCACUGUGAGCUCGCAGACGCUCGUUGAACAAGGAGACGAAGACUCCGACCUUUCAUAUGAGAAAGUCGAAAAAUCGCCUGCAACAACGGAGCCUCAGGUGAUUGAGUCCGUGGUCGAAGUAGUGGACACCGAAACCUCGAAAGAGAAAGCUGAGCACGAUCCCAAGGGCUCUGAGCCGGCCACAACAGUAGUGGCGGUAGAUGAUGUCAAGGAUGGGGGAGAGCAGAGCAUUGACGUUAAAAUGCUCGAUGCUGAAGAGGUCCAAACCGUUGAUCAGAAGGUUCUCACUGCACUGGAGCAUCAGAAGAGAUCCUCAGGCACUGAUCAGCAGGAUGUGGAGGAGGUGAUGGGGAGCAUUCUUAACCGUCUUCAAGCUGCCAUCGAACCAAGCUCUAUUGACGAGUCGACCGGCAUUCAACUGGAGAAGAUCAUGGAGACAUUCUUUGUCACAACCAUUAACUACACCAAGAAGUUCGACGAGAAGACAUAUCAACAGGAAGUCAGUUUCGACAGAUCAAUCACUGCGUUCCCAGCCGCUGAAGGAACAUGCUCCCUCUACGAUGCUCUUGGUCGUAAUUUUGACCAGCAGAUCAUUGAGGAAAGCAAAUUAUCUCGAUACACCGCCAUCAAGACACUUCCACCUGUGCUGCACGUACUCAUUCAGCGUUCGCAGUCGAUGGGGAGCAAGAACGGCAAUCCGGUCGACAUUCCGGAGACUCUAUACCUGGAUCGAUACAUGGAUGCCCCUCAAGAUUCUCCCGAAUUUCAGCAACGGGUGGAGAAUUGGAUGAUUGCCAACCGGAUAUCUGACCUCAAGUCGCAGAAGGCGGCAGUAGAGCUGGCCCCCGCGACCGGGGCUUUCCUCGAGGGCUAUGAUUCUGGAUAUAUCAUUGAACCAACGGCCGAGGCUCCGGUCGAGAAUGGGAAUGCUGAUGAUCCUCUGUUGCUUGUCGAGGAAAACUGGGACUUUGAUGGCCCCGUCGAGGAUGACUUCCUCCUCAUCAAUCCACAGAAAACGGAGGAUACUAUCCCUGAAUCACUCGUGAACCCUACAGGCAUUGAGAUGACGGAAGCGGAGGUGAGGGAAAUGAUGACGACAGAACUGCGCGAGCGGGAGGAAGCGCUGGAGCAGCACUACUCCGGGCUUAAGAAUAUCCCGUACCGCCUCCACGCGGUCAUUUGCCAUCGAGGGCAUUUGACAUCUGGCCAUUAUUGGGUUUGGAUCCAUGACUUUGAGCGGAACGUCUGGCGAAAGUACAACGACUCGAACGUGGAGGCGAACCCCAGCACGGACGAGGUGCUGGCGUCUUUGAGUACCAGCGGCGAGCCGUACUUCCUUUGUUACGUCCGGGACAACGACAAGGAUGCAUAUGUGGAUGUUCCUAAGCGACGAGUUCCGACACCGGCUCCUGAAGCCGAGAAUGAACCGGCCACGGAUGCCGAUGGAGACGUUGAGGUCAUUGACAAUGAGCCGGCGCCGCAGCCAAGCACGACGAGCGAAGACAUGCCACCGCCUUAUGUGGACGAAAAGAUGGACUAA